UUCCGGUAGCUGAACCACGGAGUUGCAUAUAAGUCUGUGGCUUGAACCACGGACUUGUAUGAUACCCGUGUGUAGCUUAACAGUUUUGACUUACUAAACCUGUAGCUUGAACCACGGAGUUUUAUGUGACAUCGUGCUGGAACAGGUUCAGCUGUUGACUUACUAACAGUUGUUGACGCUGACCUAGGCGAGACAGAUUUUUUGCUUCGCACAGACCUACUCUUAACAGCUAUACUGAAAAUCAUCGGAAGUAAACAGCCGUUUUCUUCGAAGAUUCAUUAUUACUAGUUGUGUUGUGAAAUUACUUUAUUGAAACACAGUAUGAGUGGCAUUUUCUCCAAGACAACUAAGCUGAUGCUACGUAAUGUCCUCCGCCAUACAGACUCCCACAACAAGGUGGUGGAGGAAGCAGAGAUGUGGCAGCAAUAUGAGCGUCAGAAGACAACAGCUGAUGUUGGCCCCAACAACCCUUCAUUCCACCACGAUGACCGUUGGAGCAGAGACUUGUAUAGUGGACAGCAUAAAUUUGACAGAAAGAAGAGAAAGAUGCAAGAAGACAGACAAAUGCCUUAUAUGGACCAGGAUAACUCUGAAAGUACAUUUUGGAUGAGACAGCUUGACAAGGCUGAGAGAUCUGAUCCAAACAGGUGGGAUCACAGUGGCUACAGAGAACUUUACCCAGAGGAUUUUGACUUGGAUAAGUCAUGUGAUGGUCAUAAAGCUCACACUCAAAAACUGAGACAUGCAAAGAAGAAGAAGAAGAAAAAGAAGAUGAAAAAGAAGAAAGUUAAAGAGCGGAAAUCUGAAGUAAAAGAGAAAGUGCCCGGAUGCUUGGUCAAACUAGACAGCUCAGGGUUACAGAGAUACCAACACAUGCAGCAGCUUGACAAGAGAAAAGAUUGUGUACAGGAUGACAGUGAACAAGAGGAAAGCAAGUACAGUGGGAAUUCGCAAGGUGGUGAAGUAAGGGCUAAGGACAUCACCAGGGAAAAACUCAAACGAUAUAGAGACCCACAUGACCACAAACACCAUAGCCAUAAACAUAGGUCUUCAGCUUCUGCACGUCCAGAGUGGGCUGAAGUGACAGCAGACCCCAUCAAACACAGCUAUGACUUUGACAGAAAUUCAGAUUUGGAGUGGGUAGAGGUCACUGCAGAUUCUGUCAAACACAGCCAUUAAUAGAUGAUUUUGUGAAUGUGAUGUAGAUACUUCAAUAAUAUUGUCAACAGCUUACUAAUAGUAAACAGUGGUGCAUAUCUGAAAUAGUUUAUUGAUAGUAGGCAAUGGUGCAGGUCUGGUGUGAGCAGUGUACUAAUAACCAUUGGUGCAGAUUUGCUCCUUUAAUAAAGCAAAAUGACAUUUCAUUUUAGUAAGACUGUCUUGUCAAAUGUGUAAUAAUAUUUCUCUGUAAGUAAAAUUUGUGUAAUUUAAGUUUAGAAGAGGAGACAUGCAUAAUUAUUGUCAGUAGGAAUUGCCUGUGCUUUUUCAUUAUGCACCUCCGGCCCAUGAACAGUUUUGGGCUUCUCUAUUGGCCAGGCUUUGAAUGCAGGAAAUCCCAACUGGACCGUCUGAUGCAGGAGCCCCCAUUGCAGUUCUGUCUCAUACCAUAGCUGGCUAUCUCGGGUCCCUGUAUCUCAAUUUACAUGUGCUAUCAUGACAAUAAUCCAAUCAGGGCUUCCUGCUUACGAGACCUGGACUCGUGAAAACGGGAAAGGGAGUGUCAUUUGAACUUGUAGAGCUUAUCCAGAAUGCCAGAGUGGCUGAGAUGGUGUCUGCUUGCAAGAGAUGUGGUUUAAAAUACUAAUACAGCAUUCA